CUUUCCAGUAAUUAUAUGGAUAAGAAAAUGGCUUCCAAACCAGCUUUCUUUGAAAUAUUUAAAGCUCAGUGCAGUGAAACAGAUUUAGGACCUAUAAGCCUGAACUGGUUUGAGGAACUGACCUCAGAAGCUCCCCCUUAUGAGCCCAAAUUAGUUGGAGACCUUGAUGGUCACACUGAAUGGCUUGAUGAAGCUUCUUUUAAAACUCCAAAGACAAAACCCUCUGCAUACAGCCAGCUGGCUUCAACUCCACUGAUUUUUAAAGAGCAAAGUACAAUAUUGCCACCUUCUCCUUUGUCGUCUCCUGGUAAAGAACUGGAUCAGAAAACAACCAAAGAGAAUUUGAUCAGUCCAAGAAUCCUAAGAACAAAAAUAGACCAAGGAAAUGAAAUAUUUGCUUCUCCUGUUGGUACUUGUCAUGCUGCUAGUCCAACUAUUUUAAGGAACCUUUGCAGGACUCCACAGAGAAGUAGUAUUCCAGGACCAUAUGGAAGCUUGUUUUGCACACCAAAACUUUUGGAGAUCAGAACUCCAAACCGUAUUUCUGAAAGUCUGGGAGUAGAAGUGGAUCCCGAUAUGUCCUGGUCGAGCUCUUUGGCCACACCUCCAACACUGGGUGCAACRGUGAUAAUAGCUAGGGAGAAUGAUUCCAUUUCUGAAGUAAGGCAACAAGAUGACAGAGCUGAGGUAGUGUCGCAUAGUUUUUUCUCCAAACCUAAUAAAUGUCCUGGRAGGAGUGAUACAAGUGUACAGUCUGUACCAGAGGCAAUAAAGCCAGAUCAGGAAGAUUUGGAGUCUGAGAAGACACUGGGUGGCUCCUUUGGAGACUUGGAGAGCUUUGAGGAUGCGCUUGGCGAGCCUGCCAAGGCCCAGGGAAGCCUCCUGCUCAUGCCAAACGCCCUGGAUGCAGCAGAGAGACAUGAAACAACCACAGACAAAGCACAUGGAGAGGGCAACAUUUCUUCUGAGCAGUGCCUUAGAAGACACRCUGGCAGUUCACAGGAAGUGGUAACAACUAGCUGGACUGGAGAAAAGCACCCUGAAAUGAAGGAGUCUUUAUUUCAGAAAGCUGAUGAGGAUUGGAGGUGUGUUGAACGUGCCUGCUUAAUAGGACAUGAAAAGGAAUUGGAGUCAUCUAAGAUCACAACAGAUGUGCAAGAUAACAGAACACAGAAGUCACCUGAGAACAAGAGGCUUGUGAAGGAAGACCUGUCGUCUUCACCCAGCCAGUGGUCUCAGCUGAACUUAUCUGGUCUGGAUGUGACCCACUUGGAAAUGUCUCUGUGUAGCCCUCUGCCAUCUGACUUGAGCAGAGAGAAUAAUUUAGAUGAGAAAUCAGCACUAAUGACCAAAGAGGAGGCUGAAGAAACAUCUUUACCCAGUACUUCAAGUCUUUUAAAAGCACAAGAGCUGCUGAGUGUCAAUUUGUCAGAGAAGCACUAUGAAAUGAAGAAUUCUGAGAACAAUCCAGCACUGGAAAUACCUCCAGUAACAUCGGUGUCCAUGAGUAUUCAAGAUUCAAAGUUAAUAAAAGGAUUUGCUGCUGAAAAGGUUUCUAAAGUGAGCUUUUUGGACUAUAAUUCUAUUUUAAUUGAGAGUACAAAUGUCACAGAAUAUUCUGUAGUCUACAACAGCAGCUUUUCCAGGCAUUUAAAAGCAACUUCUAAAUCCGUCAUAACUGAUGUUCUGUCUCAUCCACUUGUGUGUAGCCCUACAGCUCCAGAUAAUUGCAGCGACCUACAUUUAAUGGAUAGUGAAAAUACUUUCACAAAAUCUGACUUUAAAAGGCUGAAUAUGUUAUCCAGCUUGAAAAAAAGAUCCCAGAGAUUUAUUUAUAGAAUAAAUAACACGUUACUCUUUCAAGAAGAAAAAAUUCAGAAAGAGUUGACCUCUGAAUUGCCUGUUCACUCAUUGCCAUCGUCAGAACUUGAUUCAUGUGGAUUCAAAAACUGUCACGUGGCCACAGGUCAUGAUCAAGGCUGCCUGAUUUCUCCUGAGAGAAAGCAUUUUCAAUCAAAUAUCAAGGAAAAUAAUUUUGGCACUUGUACCAUAAAAAUGGAUAUGAUGGGUAAUUCAUCUGCUAACACCCUCAAGAACAGGCUGAAACAACAGGAGCUGAAAGACAUGGAGGAAAAUGCAAGAGAGCAUCAACCUGUCACAUCACUGAAAUGCUUAGAAGUAUCAAAUACUUUGAAAGAAAACACGACAGAGGCUUUAAAUAGUGAAAGCAUUUCAAAUAUAAAACGUAAAGUUCUAACUUCAGCACGCCUUGCAGCAAGAAGGCACUCCAGGCUCCUGCCUAAAGGCCACUGCCURGAGAGAGGCAAGGAGGAGAUGUAUAGGGGUACCAAGGUGAGUGAUGGAGCUGUUGUGCCUCAGAGCCCUAAAGGGCAGCCUGCACAGCCCUCUCCUCUUGGUGACAAUGAAUGCCUGGUUGAUAUGSAGCGUGACACAACACCCGUGACAAGCUGUAGUUUCGAUAAUACCUCAAGUCAAAUCAACUCUGCCAUAAGUAAGGUCAGUAGUAAUUGCUGGAAUAAAACAUCAGCUGGAAAAAAGCCUGCCACAGACCAGUUGUCAGCAGCUGAGCAUGGAGAAGUACUUGCAUCUUUGGGAUUAAAAGGCUCCGAAAAGUGUAAUACUCAAUUAAAACAUGGGGAAAAAUUAGAUAUAGCUUCCUCUUCAGCAAUUGUAGCUUCCAGUCAAGAUGUAAAGUCAAUGGAAAAUGAGGAAGGCAACCUUCAAACAACUGCUUGCAAUAAUAUAGAUGUAGAGAGCGCCAAAGAAUUGUUGGAUUGUGCAGCUGAUAAUUCUUUAAAUAAAGUAAUUUCAGAAAACGAGAAACAGGCAGGUCUUUUUGAACAGGAUAUAUCUCAAAAAGUAAGACCUUKUCUGUCAAAGGAAGUGCCAGGACCUAACACUGAAGCUAAACAUUACUUAAAGAAGACAAAUGUAAUUCCUUCCAAAAUUAUUGCAUCGUGCAAAGAUACAUAUUCAGUAAAACCUGUAUACUUCGACAAAAAUCCAAAUGAGAACCUAGAACAUAAAGAGAGCUGGUCAAGAAGUCUAAAUGAAUGCAAUUUAAAYCUGAGCUUUGGUGGCUUUCAAACUGCAUCCAAAAAGCAGAUUAAAUUGUCUGAAGAGAGUUUAGCAAAAGGCAAAAUGUUAUUUAGAGAGAUUGAAAAUGAAUGUUUUGAAGCCUCUUCCAUAUCAAGAGUCAGAAAUACUUCAGAUCAAGUUAAAGAGGAGAAGUUUUUCUCACCUGUGAAAAGCAAACUGGAUAGUAACUUACCUGAUUCUUUAGAUUCACAGGCAAGUUUUCUUGAACCAAGGCAUAUACAGUUUGUUCCACAUAAAGUUGAUCUACAUAUGGAUUUUCCUGUAAGUCAACAGUCCUUGCAAGAACCAAGUCAGGCUUUGACAGCAAGCCAAGAAGCUGAAAUUGCUGAACUUUCUAGUAUCCUGGAGGAGACUGGCAGCCAGUUUGAGUUUACCCAGUUUAGAAGGCAAAGUAACAUGUUACAAAGCCAUGUUACUCAGCACUUUGGAACUGCAGAAACAAGUAGAACAACAAAUGUAGAAAAUACUUCUACAGUAUGGAAAGAUACUGAUUUUUGUAAUGCUCUUAAAUCUGAAAAUCGAGUACGAAAUAGCAAGUAUUGUAAUAAGCAGGAAGACACUAAYGAAGAAUCUGAUAUGAUGGAAUGUGAAAAAGAGAACAAAGGGWUUUUCCAUAAAAAUAAUGACGUUGCUUUUACUCACUUAGAUGGACAUGAAAGAAGCAUCUCUGGCAGUCACAGCUUUCCCAUGCCUGUACGGGACAGCUUUUCUAAUUUUGUGGGCUUUACUUCAGCUGGAGGUAAAAAAAUAAAUAUUUCUAAAGCAGCUCUCACCCGGUCAGCAGAGCUGUUCAGGGACUUGGAUGAUGAUAACUACUUAUUUAAACCUUCAGAAACUAAUGCCAGAUGCCAGAGUUCAAAUGRACAUAAGUUUUCUGACCAAACCAGAGGAAAGACAGCUUGUGUUAGAAACUUUAAAAAUCCUGAUCCCUGCAUAGUUUCUGUUUCUCACCAUUCAGAGAAAGAAUAUGAGGAAAAUAUUAGGAAAAUACCAUUUAGGGGAAAUACAGAAAAUUGGACAAAAAGGUCAAGAAAUGAUGAAAAUGUCAGUUUUAGUCGUACUGACAAUGCCAGAUAUUCUGCCUCUGAAGCUGGAACCAAUCUGUCAGCCACUGAAAAAYACAACCAGCAUCUGAAAACUUCUAAGCAACUUUGGACUCAAGGAGAUUGCCCAGUUGAAGGUAUUUUGCAGGAAGACUCCUUGGUUGUGAUGUAUCCAGGAACUGCUACUGCAGCUGGAGAAAAACAUAGUUUAAACRUAUCUAAUGAAAAGGAAAAAACAAUUCCUAGUGAGAAAGGAGAAGAGAGAAAUCCAGAAGAUAAAUACUUAGCACAGAGUUUGCAAACUGCAGCUAAUGGUGAUUCGUCUGAUUCUGUUUACUUGCUCAAGGUAAAAUGUGGUGAAAAAGAUGCAAGUGUUUCAGAGAACUCCAAUAAACAAAASACAAGCAGUAGAAAUGUGGAAGCAGCAGACACUGCCCUUGGAAAGAACCUGUUUGUGRAUCACAGCAAAGCAAAAAUAGGCUCUCAGCAUGAUCAUCAGAUACCUUUUCAGCAAGAGAGAGAUGUUGAAGAAAAUGUGGUUAAUGAGAUUUAUCCAUCUGGUUUCCAUACUGCCAAUGGCAAGAAAAUAACAAUUUCUGAUGAAUUUUUGGCUAAAGCCAAACAGUUUUUUUCAGAAGAAAAUGUUUUAGGAAAGAGGCAGAAUGACGAUUUUGAGCACCCCUCAAGGAAAAGGAUAUGUAGUACAGACUGUGUCAAAGACUGGGAUUCUGGUAUUGAAAGCACUGCUAAGUGUGAUCCAGAAACACUUGAUUGCAGUGAAAACUUKCUUCAUAAAGAAACUGGAGAUCAGUUUAAACGGGCAGUAGAGCAGAGUCCCCUUAAACAAACUGUUAUUCUUGAUUCAGUUCAAAAGGACAUGUUUGUUCAUGUAGAUAAAGAUUGUGAAACAAAUGCUGGAAUUGGACCUGCACAAAAAGAAGCUGAUGUUCGACUUGGGAAGUUGCAAUUAGACUAUUUGCCUGGAAAGGACAGCGAUGCUUUAGGUGGAACUUCGCUGUCUGAGGAUGAAAAAGUGUUUGGUGAUGGAGAUGAGGAAUAUCUGGCCAAAAACAGUGGUCAUUCAGAAAACAUACAUGUUUGUCCUGGGCAGUCAGCUGCAGCUCUGUGCUUAAUGAAAGAAUCCAAUGACCUUGCAGAUGGUUCUGUGCCUAGAGAUGCAAAAAAUGGUAUGUUUGAGGACAGUAAAAAUAAAUCUAAACCAUCCCUCCUCUUGACUUACAACAAUAGUGUUCCAAAAAGUAGCUCUUCCCAUUUGAAUUGUGACAGUAAGGAGGUUGGCUUGGAACAACUACAUGAAUCUUGUCUUGAUGCAAACUGCUUUGCAGACACCACGGUUAGUGCUCGCCAAGAACGGUCCCGAGCUGGUGGUCUUGGAAACGAAGCUGAUUUGACCAGAUUGGAAGAAACAUCCCAUAGUUUUAAUCUUGAAAAACAAAUGGCUGGUUUGAAACCUGUUAUGUUCACUACAGCCAAAGGUAAAGCAGUUGCUGUUUCAGAAAAUGCAUUAGCAAGAGUCAGACAAAUAUUUCAAGAAGAUCAAUCUGUAAAAUCUGAAACUAAGUCACAAACUAAUCAGAUAGAAGUUGUUGCAAAAUCAUCUUUCAUCGGUCAUGCUGAGUGUCCCGAUUCUACUAAACUCUUAAAUGAUGCAAAAAAUGGGGAGACUAAUUCAGUCAUUAAGUUAAAUGAGAGUACAGGUGAAAAUGGUCACCGUGACCAGGUGCAAUUUAGUGAACAGAAUGUGAAGCUUUUAGGACACCUGCCCAYGCGAGAUAAGCAAAUCAAGCAGCCGGUUUCUUCUGUAAGUAAUCUUGGAUUUUUUAGUACAGCAAGUGGUAAACCAGUGCAGUUAUCAGAAGAGUCACUGAGGAAAGCUCGGCAGCUCUUUUCGGAAAUGGACAAUAACAGUUCCUCACAUCUGCAAGAAAUCCUUCCAGUUGAGGAAGAUGGUAGAAAGWCUGAAGUGGGCACAGAAACAGUUCCUAAAAAAACGGGGCUGGUGGUGCCGAAAGGGAGAGCAAAUUCCGAUGCUGGCUUGGAUUUACCUCCUGCGUUUGGAUUCAGCACUGCAAGUGGAAAGCAGGUAAAAGUCUCUGAAAAUGCCUAUCGGAAAGCUAAGGCCAUUUUAAAAGAUUCUGAUGACUUUGCAAGCAAUAGAUUUUGCUUUGCAAAUCAUCUUGGCUCAACUGAAGAGAGCGCUGAAGCUAUGAAACCUGUUACUGAUKGCAGUGAUGCAGCCAAGAUAGCAGAUAAAGUGAUCUCAGAAGCCAAAGCUGAAGAAAGCUUCAGUGAAGAACUUGAAUUGGAAAACAUCUAUGCAGAGGAAAUAAAGCCCCUUGCAAGCACUUGCCAUGUUAAAAUGCCUGAGUACAUUCCACGUAGUAUGAAAAAUGAGCAGCUAAUGUUAUUUAAAAAUAGUUUUCAGCAAGAGGGGACUUGGCCUCUAGGAGAAGGGAGGCAGAAUCUGGAGCAGGGGUCGAAGGCUGAAGCAGUUUCACACGGUUCUGUUGCUAAAGCAGAAGUGGACGUUAACCGGGCCUGUUUCCAGCCUCCACAAACUCGCCUGGAAGCGGAGGCAGUAGAAAGUGCCAAAGCUUUUAUGGCGGAUGAUCUUUCAGAGGCUGGAGCACGAGUUAACUCCCUGCCAUCCUUCAGCGGCAAAAUGCGGGAUAAAAGCUUUCCAACUAGGACGUUUGGGAAGAGGCGCCUGGAAGGAUGUGCCUCCCUAGGAGAACCUCCAAUUAAGAGGAAACUGCUGCCUGAAUUUGAUAGAACAAAGAAUCCCACUACAUCUUUGACAGCUUUGAGAAGCACCCCUGAUGGCAUUUUCAAAGACAGAAGAAGAUUUAUAUACAACGUUCCCUUGAAACCCAUAACUUGUGGACCUUUUGGCACUGCUAAGGAGCGACAGGAGGUCAAGACUCCUACCUUUACUCUGCCAGAUCAAGACCUCAAAGGAUUUAAAUCUCAAUCUGCCAUUUUUCAGCACUGUGCCCUGAGACAGUCUUCUAGUGGUACCUCAGGGGUUUCCACUCCACAUAAUGCCUUGGCUGAAAAGACUGAACAACCCAAAAGUUUAUACAAACCUGGCAAAUCGGUUAAAACGUUUAUUCCGCCCUUCAGAACAAAGCUGACUUUUUCUACAGAUGARCAAGACCACAGCAGCAGCUGUGACUCCCUGGUGAGCAAAAAUAGGCCUGAAGAGAGGGAAAUAAAUGAGAUCCCAGUUGAGCAGAGCCCCGCUGAAGCUCACCAGCCCCAGCCAGAGGGCAGCAGUUACAUCCAGCAAGCAGCAGACACUGCCUUAGAAAAUGACAACUCAGUUAUGAACAAGAUGGUGAUAAAUCUCCACUGUGCAAGAGAUCUUCAGGAAAUGAGAAUUAAAAAGAAAUACAGACAAAAUAUUAGUUCACAACCAGGCAGUCUUUAUGUCAUAAAAACCUCUGYGAGAAACAGAAUCUCUUUGAAAGCUGCUGUAGAAGAGAAGCCUCCUGGCUGUUAUUCUGCAGAACAGCUUUACAAAUAUGGUGUUUCAAAAAGCUGCAUACAAGUUAACAGUGUGAAUGCAGAAUCUUUCCAGUUUAUCAUGGAAGAAUUUCUCAGUAAGGAGUAUUUGCUAGCAGGACAGGGGAUACAACUUGCUGAUGGAGGAUGGCUAAUACCUACGGAUGAUGGGAAAGCAGGGAAAAGGGAGUUUUACAGAGCCCUCUGUGAUACUCCUGGUGUGGAUCCCAAGCUAAUAACAGAGGCAUGGGUUUACAAUCACUAUAGGUGGAUUGUAUGGAAACUGGCAGCCAUGGAAGUGUCUUUUCCACAAGAAUUUGCCAACAGAUGCUUGACACCAGAARCAGUGUUGUUGCAAUUAAAAUACAGAUACGAUUUGGAAGUUGAUAGAAGUAAACGUUCAGCAAUCAAAAAAAUAACAGAGAGAGACGACACAGCAGGCAAAACCCUCGUGCUGUGCGUUUCCAAAAUCCUAUCACUGAGCACCGUUGUCUCCCCUGGCAGUAGUAGUAAGAGCGUGGAGAGUAAAAAAGAAGGAGCAGUGAUUGAAGUUACUGAUGGCUGGUAUGGGAUUCGGGCUCUCCUGGACCCGCCUCUCCGAGCCUUCGUGCGCAGAGGGCGCCUGGCUGUUGGUCAGAAGAUCGUAGUACACGGAGCAGAACUGGUUGGCUCGCAGGAUGCAUGUGCACCCCUGGAAGCCCCUGAUUCCCUUAUGUUAAAGAUUUCAGCAAACAGUAGUCGCCGCGCGCGCUGGCACGCGAAGCUCGGCUUCCAUCGGGAUCCCAGGGCCUUCCCUCUGCCCCUGGCAUCGCUCUACAGCGAGGGCGGYGCCGUGGGCUGUGUUGACGUGGUUAUUCAGAGAACUUACCCUGUUCAGUGGAUGGAGAAGACGUCCUGUGGCUCGUACGUGUUUCGUAACAGUCRGGCUGAAGAAAGGGAAGCUGCCAAGCAUGCAGAGGAGCAAGAAAAGAAACUGGAAGCUCUGUUUGCAAAAAUCCAAGCAGAAUAUGAAAAGCAUGAAGAGAGAAGUAGCAGAAGAGCACUGAGGCCACGCAUGGUGACAAGGCAGCAAAUCCAUAAUUUGCAAGAUGGUGCAGAACUUUAUGAAGCGAUUCAGAAUGCAUCUGAUCCUGGCUAUAUGGAGGGGUAUCUAAGUGAAGAGCAAUUGAAAGCUUUGAAUGCUCACAGGCAGGUGCUGAACGAUAAAAAACAAGCUCAGAUCCAGGCAGAAUUCAAGAAGGCAGUAGAGUCUGCAGAGCAGGAAGAGCACGGUUGCUCCAAGAGGGAUGUGUCUGCUGUAUGGAAAUUAUGUGUGGUAGACUACAGAAAGCAAGAAAAUAAUUACGGAGUGCUGCUGAGUAUCUGGCGUCCCCUGCUAGACGUCUGUUCCCUCCUAAAGGAGGGAAGCCGGUACAGAAUCUACCACCUCUCAGCAUCGCAGUCCAAAGGAAGAUCAGACCUAGCUAAAAUACAGUUAACAGCCACAAAGAAAACUCAGUAUCUACCAUUACCAGUUUCACGAGAGAUGCUGUCCCAGAUCUUCUCUCCCAGAACGGCUCUGACAUUCACGAGUUUAUCAGAUCCUUCUUUUCAGCCACCGUGUGCUGAAGUUGACUUAGUGGGAGUUGUAGUUUCUGUGGGCAGAACAGGUGCCGGGCCCCUGGUGUACCUGUGUGACGAGAGCCGCGAGGUGGUGGCGGUGCGGCUGGGCGCCGGCGCGGCGCGCGGGCUCGUGGCGCGCGGCUCGCUCCUCGCCGCCACCAACCUGCGCUGGCAGCCGCCGCCGCCGGCCGCCCCGCCGCUGCUCGUGGCCGGGGAGCUCUCCGUGCUCUCCGCCAGGCCAAAGGAAACCCACCUGCAGCUGAGGUGCCACCAGCUGAGAAGCAGCAUAGAGGACAUGGAUUCCUUUUGUUCUGAUGCCGAAAGAAAACUGAUGGAUUUGCUCCAAAGAAACGGUCCACUUACACCUAAUUUACCUAAAAGAUAUGGCUUGGAAUGUCCUUCCCCGUGCAACACAGGCCUCUCUGCAGGGCCCGUCAGUUCGGUAUCUUCUCCUAACAUUGCAGUAAAGUACCAGAGCCCUUCGGUAAACGGCGUGCAGAACUGGAAGCCUGUGCCACAAGGCUCGGCUGCGGCUGCGGCUCAUGAGGAGCAUCCCAAGAGCGGCCGCAAGAGGAAGGCCCUGGAGCUGCUCAGCCGCCUUCCCGCCCCGCCUCCCCUGCCGCCCCUCUGCCCCGGCCUUUCCCCCUCUCUCCGGAGGGCCUUUCAGCCCCCGCGGCGCUUGGGCUUUCCGCACGGCGCGGCCCCAACGGCGCCAAGCGGGAACAUGGGCGCCGGCAGCCGGGAGCRGGGGGAGGCUCUGCAGCUUGCCGAGAAUGACCUGGUUGCCGAUGAAGAACUUGCCAUGAUUAACACGCAAGCCCUCCUCAACACCUCCCCGGGGGAAAAGAAGACCGAGUGCAUAAAUGAAAACAGCAGCACGGCAGCUAUGGAUGUACUGCAUGUUCCUUCAGGAAAAAGUAGUUCCAGAUCUGCUGGGGAAGCAAAGAACUCAUCCAAAAACUGUCCUGAAGGAGCGGGGGCUUUUCGGAAGGACACACAGGAGGCAGAGGGCUCAUUAACAGACCACAGAAAGCUAUAGAGACAAAAAAAAAAGAAGACUGCUACUAAAGGUGUAUAGUGUUGUGUAUAUAUUUCAAAUUCARAUUAUUUUUACACUUUGUACAUUAAAUUCCAAUGUAUUUAAUAAAAAUA